UGCUUUUCUUGUUUUUGAAUUGCACUCUGAUUUAAACACUGAGACCAUCCUGCUGGACCAAGUCACCUGGGCCACUUCUCUACGGUCCUAGAAGUCUAGCUCUGCCUUCCUUCGGAGAGUGGCAAUGGCCCAGAGGCAUCAGGCUCUUCCCGGGUUCUGGCUCCUUGACAGCACAAGAUUGGAUUUCCCUGGCACAGGUCCUUAGCAGGCACUGCCAGUGCCAGGCUUCUGUGCCCCGGUGUCAUCCCUCCCGCAGUUAGAGCUUCCUGUAACCAACUGCAGCUUUGUUACCACAAGCACUCAGUGGGCUCUCGGGCGGGCCGGCUGCUGGGGUAAACCCGGCAUGAGAGGCCCUAGACAGGCUGGCAGGUAGGAACACUGGGCUGUGACUCUCCUAUCACACAGUUCUCAGUGAACCGAACCCCCACCCCCAUGUGUCCUAUCAUGUUCAUGAACUCCAGAUGGUCACUACCUCAUCCCACGAGUCAACCUGCCCAAGACAAGCAUCUUUUUCCUGUGCCGUUCAACUCCCCAUGGCCCUCUCCACUUUUGCUUUCUGGAGUCCUCUUCCAAGAUGCCUGCGCUCAGCUCCUCUUCCUAGCCUGUUUCCUGCGGAGCCCAAUCGAAGCCAGUCAGGCUUCCAGAUGUUCCAUCCCACAGCUGUCUGGGACCUGGUCUGAAGAGAAAGCACAGGUUACUUCCUCAGAGGUCACAGAGUUCAUUCACAGAUGGCACCCCUCCUCCAGCCCCGACAUGGAUCCUAUGGGUUCCCAGGCCACGAAAUAGUAGCCUGACUUGCAGCCAUACUCCCCAAACGGUCAGCACACUGCCCAGACCUAGGAACUCUGUGCAGACUGAACAAACAGGUCAAUAGCAAAUACUAGACAGACACUCUUUCACGGGACAGGGAAGGGGUGGGCAAGAAAAAGAGGGGGUUCCUGGGGAAGUUCUCGUUGGCCUUAUAUGAACCCAACGGAGUUUGAGCCAGGGAGCACAAAGGGGACCUGUGCCCAGUCCUCCUUGCUCCUGUCUAUCCCUUGGGCUGGUUCUGUGGGGCUGGAGGAGUAGCUCCUCACUGUAACAAAGGCCGGAGGGUUCCAGGCCCUCAGUGUUGUGCAACCAAGUGGGAAAGCCGGCUCAGCCUGAGGCUGAAGCGGAGGAAAUAUCCCAUGGUUGACUGUGCCAAGGCAAUGACUGAUCCAGCCCUCUGACUUGUGGGCAGGGUGGUGGCUCUCGGAGAUAAGCCAAUCCCUGGGCUGCAGGUGAGGAUCCCCAAGAAGCAUUGUUGGGGCAGUGAGAACCAUUUCUCCAAGUAGGCAAGAGGGGAGGAAGGAACUCGGCAAGCCAGUAUGGGAAGCCCAUAGCUUCCUAGGAAUACUGGGAGCCCUAUUCCUCCCUGGUGUCGUCCGCAUUCUUCCUACGUCUGGAAGAGCUCCGCGGUUGGCCACCCCUCCACGACUGAGCAACACAGCAGCAUGAGUCGGUCAAGGCAUGUGGGCAAGAUCCGGAAACGUCUGGAAGAUGUCAAGAACCAGUGGACCCGGCCAGCCAGAGCUGACUUCAGUGAUAAUGAGAGCGCCCGGCUGGCCACAGAUGCCCUCUUGGAUGGCGGUCCAGAGGCUUACUGGCGCGCCCUCAGUCAGGAAGGAGAGGUAGACUUCCUGUCCUCAGCGGAGGCCCAGUACAUCCAGGCCCAGGCCAAGGAGCCCCCUGAUGCCCCCGAUUCUGCCGGAGGGGCUGAGUCAGGACCCAGAGGACUGGACUCCUGCUCUUUACAAUCAGGUACCUACUUCCCUGUGGCUUCGGAAGGCAGUGAGCCAGCUCUGCUGCACACCUGGACUUUGGCUGAGAAGCCCUACCUGAAGGAAAAGUCCAGUGCCACCAUCUACUUCCAAAUGGACAAACACAACAACAUCAGAGAUUUGGUCCGCCGCUGCAUCUCCCGGGCCAGCCAGGUCCUGGCCAUUCUGAUGGAUGUGUUCACGGAUGUGGAGAUCCUUUGUGACAUUCUAGAGGCAGCCAACAAGCGCGGGGUAUUCGUCUGUGUGCUUCUGGACCAGGGCGGGGUGAAGCUCUUCCAGGAGAUGUGUGACAAAGUCCAGAUCUCUGAUAUUCAUCUCAAGCUUCUCUUGGCUCUGUGGACACGUGCACAGGAACAUCCUCUCCAAGUUCACGGGGCAAGCGGUGGAGCUGUUUGAUGAGGAAUUUCGACGCCUCUACGCCUCCUCCAAGCCCCUGAUGGGUCUGAAGUCCCCGAGGCUGGUCGCCCCGUUCCAACCCAACA